AUGAGUUAUAGUUAUUUAUCAAUCUAUCUAUCUAUCUAUCUAUCUAUCUAUCUAUCUAUCUAUCUAUCUAUCUAUCUAUCUAUCUAUCUAUCUAUCUCUUCAUUCAUGUCAUCACCGGUGAGUGAAAGUACUGGUAGUAGUACACCACCACCAAGUCGUCAUGAAUUACAACAACAACAACAACAACAACCAUCUAUAAAUAGAAAAGAAGAAGAAGAAGAAGUAGAGGAGAAUAAUACGUUUAUAGGAGAAGAAGAAGAUAAUAAAGAUAAUAAUGAUAGUAAUACAACUACAACAACCAAAAAUAAAGAUACAACGACACCUACAACAACAACAACAAAUAGUAAUACUAGUACUACUACUACACCAUUCUUGGAUACAUUUGGAUUCAAGUAUGAUGGACGCGAUGAUGGAGAAUUGAUAGAAUACUUGAUAAAGAUGGAAGAGAAUGAUACUACGAUUGUAAAAGAAGAGUGGAAUCAAUUCAUUCACAACAAGUGUCAAGGUGACAUUAACAAUAUCAAGAGAUUCGAACAUGACAAGACAUUCCAUGAUUUGGUUAAUCGAGGUAUCGCAUCUGUUCAUCGUAAGAGCAUAUGGCUUGUAUUCUUGGAUUCAAUCGUUUUGGAUGAUUUCAAAAAGGCUCAUUAUCAUAAACUUUUAAAAGAUGAAUUACCUCUAAAGAAUUACAAGACAGAGAUAUCACUUGAUUUGGAAAGAACAUUUCCAACACACAUGUUGGCACAAGACCAAGAAUUUAAAGAGAAAAUGUAUAGGGUUUUAUUGGUUUAUAGUAUAAAUAAUCCAUCGGUUGGUUAUUGUCAAUCUUUAAAUUAUGUUACAUUUAUGUUAUUACUUGUUAUUGAUAAUGAGGAACAAGCAUUUUGGUGUUUAAAUAGUAUAGCUGAAAGAGUUUUACCACAAUACUAUACACAUACAAUGUUGGAUGCACAAAUCGAUCAACAAGUAUUUUAUGAUUUGAUGCAAGAAAUGUUUCCAGAAUUGACAGCUCAUUUUAAUAGUAUUGGUGUAGUCAUACAAAUUAUUACCAUUGAAUGGUUCCUUUGUUUAUUUUCAACCAUUCUUCCAGCACAAUAUGCAUUAAUAAUAUGGGAUAAUGUAUUUAUAAGAGGAAGUAAAGUUUUAUUAGAAGUAGGAUUGGCAUUGAUAGAAGCAAAUAUCGAUGCACUGAUGAUGGCCAAAUCACAUGCACAGGUAGUCAAUAUUUUAUCAUUCAAAAACAAUCCUACAAAACUAUACGAAAUCAUUGCCAGUUCACAAAAGAGAAUUGGUAUUGUAAUAUCAAGAAAGAAAAUACAAGAUUUAAAGUUAAAACAUUGGCAAAUUACAAAGAAACAAGUAAAAGAAAGUGCUGAUCAAAAAGAUUUGAAAUAUUUAAUGAAAUAUACAUCUUUUAGUUUAUUAAAAUUAAAAGGAUUAAAAGAGGAAUUUGAUGUAUUAUCACAUGAUGGAACUGGAAUUGGAUAUUUACAAUUCCAUCAGAUUAUUCUUCGUUUUCUUCCUGAUUGGAAGGAUGCUAACCAAGAGGGAUCAGGCCGUGAUUUAAAUAGAUUACUCGAAAAAAUGUUUGAAGCAAUGGAUGAAGAUAAUGACAAGAUUUUAAAUUUUAAAGAAUUGGUAAAGGGUAUCACUAUCUUGUCUCAUGGUUCUUUUGAUCAAAAAUUAAGAUUAAUAUUUAAAUCAUUUGCAGUUGAAAAUAAGACAUUUAUGACAAAAUCAGAAGUAAAAUCAAUGAUUGAUCAUGUACAUAGUAUAUUUUAUAAACACCAUUAUGACACAAUGCCGGAAGAGGUUACAAACGAGUUGAAAAAGAAUACUCAAGAGUUGUUGGAUUCUUUAGAGGCACAGACUACUUUUGAAGGAUUGAAAAAGAUUAGUCAGGAUUUUCCACUCAUUUUGGAUAGUUUCCAAACACCAGAUCAUUCAGCAGAAAUCACAGACUAUACAAUCACUUCAGGGUCUGUUCCACCACUUAAACGUAGAUCCAAUUCUUUUCAUUUAUUAGACGAGGACCGUUUAUUUAUUAAAGAUAAAGAAUCAAAAUCAAAAUCAAAUAUAAACUGUACAGCAAAUAGUAAAAAUAAUAAUAAUAGCAAUAAUAAUAACAAUCAAACAAAUGAAGGUGGUGGUAGUGGAAGUAGCCACAACAAAGAUUUCCAACAAUUAAUUAGAAAAAUUACACCUGAACCAUUAAUUAAAACCAUUCAUCAAUUAAGAUCACCUUCACCACCAAUGACAAAUAACAAUAAUAAUAAUAAUAAUAGUUUUACACCAUUUUCAACACCAAAGAAACAAAAUCCAAAUCAAUCAAUUACACCUUCAACACCUGUAUCAUCUAAAAAACCAACUCACAACAUUGCACCACCUCUAACACCUGUAUCACAAAAUAGAAGUUCAUUUCCUCCAACUACACCCAAAUCAAAUACAAAUAAUGCAAUCCCACCUCCUUCUCCAAUGAGUCCAAGUAGAGUAAAUCUAUCAGAAGUCAUGGAUGAUAAACCUUGUAUUAUUAUGUAA